AACACCAGAAACGUCAUCGCAUCUCUCCUCUCUCUUGAUGUCAGUCAUAGCAAUCACGUAAACGCAAAACAAAACAAUUUUUUUUUUCAACUUUGUAAAUUAAAAGAAGAAAUAAUGCCAAAAGUUCGUAGAAGUCGUAAGCCACCUCCGGAUGGAUGGGAAUUGAUUGAACCGACGUUGGAGGAGUUGGAGCAAAAAAUGAGAGAAGCCGAAACCGAUCCUCACGAAGGCAAACGCAUCAACGAAUCAUUGUGGCCCGUCUUCAAAAUUCACCAUCAAAAGUCCCGUUACAUUUACGACCUUUUCUUCCGCCGAAAGGCCAUCAGCCGUGAUCUGUACGAUUAUUGUGUUCGCGAGAAAAUUGCCGAUGCCAAUUUGAUAGCCAAAUGGAAAAAGUCCGGCUACGAGAAUCUGUGCUGUCUGCGUUGCAUUCAGACGCGAGACACGAAUUUCGGUACGAAUUGCAUCUGCCGUGUGCCGAAGGCGAAAUUGGAAGAGGGUCGAGUGGUUGAAUGUGUGCACUGUGGCUGUCGUGGCUGCUCGGGGUAGAUAGAUUUUAGGGUUUUCAAAGGUUUGUUUGUUGUAUUAUCGGGACCUAGAAGAUAAUAAAAUGAAAAAAGAAGAUUUUCUUUGUGUAAA